GGUUCACUCAAGGCUUUAUACCUGGUAAUCUACUGCUCAAGGAAAACACCUUAAAAUUUCUAGAAUGAACGAAAAAGGGUUUUCCGCCGAUAUAAAGCAAGGCGAAAAAGUCGUCGCUACAUCGUCAACCCAUUCGAUUGGGGACAUCCUGGAAUACAACCCUCCACAAUCGAAAUGGCAAAGACUCCUCACUUUUUUGGAGGUUCACCCGAAGGGAAAUAUGACUACAUCUGAGAUGUUCUUGUACAACAGUGAUUUAAAGCCGGUUGAAUCCGCACGUCGAUUGUGGUCCUGGUUUAACUACCUCUUUUUCUGGAUUGCCGAUUCCUUUAACGUCAACACCUGGCAGAUUGCGGCCACCGGCGUUGUUCAGGGCUUAUCAUGGUGGCAGGUCUGGAUUUCUGUUUGGUUGGGAUAUUUCAUCGCUGGGUCGUUUGUGGUUAUCUCUGCUCGGGUUGGUGCCUAUUACCACAUUUCCUUCCCCGUGGCCUGCAGAUCAUCCUUUGGGGUGUAUGGCUCUUUGUGGCCGGUGAUAAACAGAGUCGUAAUGGCCUGUAUUUGGUAUGCGGUUCAAAACUGGAUCUUCGGCCAGUGUAUGCAAGUCAUGUUGAUGGCCAUCUUUGGCACUGACUUGGAAACCAGAAUUCACAAUCUGAUUCCUUCUUCAGGCACCACAACUUUCCAGUUUAUGUGUUACUUUCUAACCUGGUUGCUUUCUUUACCCGCUAUUUGGUUCCCACCUCACCAGAUCAGACACUUAUUCACCGUUAAGUCGUAUAUCGUACCAGUCGCGGGUAUUGGUUUCUUGAUUUGGACGAUUGUCAAGGCGAAGGGAAUCGGCCCUGUUAUCCAUCAGAAGAGCACCUUAACCGGAUCUGAGUUUGGUUGGGCUUUUGUCAGCUCCACUAUGAAUUCCGUUGCAAAUUUUGCCGCUUUGAUUGUUAAUGCUCCAGAUUUCGCCCGUUUUGCCGAUACGCCCAAGGCGGCUAUUUGGUCGCAGCUCAUCGCAAUCCCCGUUUGUUUCUCCAUUACCUCUUUGAUUGGUAUCCUUGUCUCUUCUUCCUCGACUUUAAUGUUUGACCAAACUUACUGGUCUCCUUUGGAUGUCUUGGGGCGUUUUUUGGACGAUUUUACCUCUGGGAAUCGUGCCGGUGUAUUCUUCAUUGCGGCCGCCUUCGGGUUAGCCCAACUUGGGACAAAUAUUUCCGCCAAUUCCCUUUCCGCCGGUACUGAUAUGACUGCAAUUUUCCCUCGGUUCAUGUCCAUCAGAAGAGGUGGGUAUGUUUGUGCGGCCAUCUCGAUUUGCAUUUGCCCUUGGAACUUGAUGAAGUCGUCGAAUAAGUUCACCACUUAUUUAUCUGCUUACUCUGUGUUUUUGUCUUCCAUUGCAGGUGUGAUUGCUGCAGACUAUUACUUUGUCAAAAGAGGGAAGCUUAUUAUUGAAGAUUUAUACUCCGGCGACAGCGACUCGACCUAUACCUUUAACCGCUUCGGAUGCAAUUGGAAGGCAUAUCUCGCUUACAUUUGUGGGAUUUUACCCAACAUUGUGGGUUUUGUGGGGGCCACCGGUACCCACGUGGUUCCUGUUGGCGCCACCUAUCUUUACAACUUGAAUUUCUUUGCCGGGUUCAUUGUUGCCGGCGUUGUCUACUCGCUCUUGUGUAUCUGGAAGCCGAUUAGAGGUAUUCCCCAGGAGGUUCAAAAUGAUCCAUUUAGGAGGGGCUGGUACGAAGAAUGGGCGGAUGUUGAAGACUUUGAAGACAACAUGAAUUUGAGAAGACACAUCAAGAUUGUGGAGAAGGGCGAAUACUCACUGAGUGUGCAAAGGUAAGUGUGGCAAGAAUGUACCACCGCAACCUGGUAUUUGUACGGGCUUUAAUCCAGAAAUAUUAUG